AUGGUUCGCCUUCUCCCAUUCCUCCUUGCCUCCCUUCCUCUUGCCCUAUCAGCCGACUUUGAGAGUGUCACCAUCAGUUCCAACCUCGACAACAUUGGCCACACAUGUAUCAGCAAAUGUCUCUACUAUACAGUCCUCAGCGACAUGGGCAGGGCCAUGGGCUGCGAUGACCCCUAUGACAACAACUGCUAUUGCGCUACGGCAUCGGCAUCGGCGUCUCAGGCCGAUAGAUUCAUGUCUAAAUGUGCCACGUCGCUAUGCUCAGCCGGUGAUCGUGCCAGAGACUUGACUUCUAUGCAGUCGUACUAUGCCUCUUACUGCAUGGGUGCGGGCUUCACACAGCCAGGUGCCACUGACUGGUAUAACCCAGCAGAAGCAACAGAGGAAGCUUCGGAGCCGGCUACUGCAGAGAGCAGCGGUGGUGGGAGUGAUGCGAGGCCCAGUCGGACAGCCGACUCUGGCAUUGAUGCAACUUCGACUCGCAUGACUGUCGUUACGCAGACGGCAGAGGACGGUGCUGUCAGGACGCAGGUAAUUGUUGAAGCGACCUCGACGUACUGGGUAGACAAGGACGGAUCUCCAGCAUCAGCCAAGAAUGAUGAUGAUGGCGGUUCUGCUAUUAAGAUUGGUGUCGGUGUGGCUGUCCCUGUAGUCGCUCUCAUUGCUGCCGCUAUCUUUGCAUGUUGGUUCAUCCGUCGAAGACGACAACGCAGGGCUCAGCUCUCCCACCGUACCGAACCCCUCACCUCUCUCACAACUGGUGGUGGUCCCACCGUUGUCGCCGCCUCUCCGUCUACACCAGAAAGGAGAGAUACUCUUCCAAGAAAGCCAGUCGGUGCCUCAACAAUCUCUUCUGUUUCUUCAUUGUCAAAAACCAACGAACUGUCUGGCACUGGUGUCCAGCGUGAGCUUGCUGGCCGUGAGGUGCACCCCUUCCCCGACAUGACGCCCAGUCCUCCUAUCCAAGUAGCAGGUCAGCAUGAGAUGACUGGAGAGGGUUGGCGACCGAACUUGGAGAUGGAUGGUCGUGAUGCGCGAGUGGAAAUGUCGGGGGUUGCGAGACCUCCUGAGUUGCCUGGGUACACGAAUGCAGCGAAUGCUUAUACACCGCAUGAAAGUAUUCAGAGGUGGGAACUGCCCGAUAAUUCUCGUCAACGAUAG